CACUGUCGCACGUGCUGCCAUCCCCAUGCUCGCACUUUACACCCAUUAGGACUAGCUGCUUUUUCGUACACUAUAUAGUUAGCUCGGAGUUCUCCAGAGCUCCUCACCCCUCUUCAGACUUUUCAAUACUUGUUCAGUCCACAUAGUUUGGUUCUCAUUACGGUGACUUCGCCUCUCUCUCAAACUCCUGAAUGCCGUUUGCGAGAAUCACCAUCGUUCCCCUUUGGUCCUACCACUUACCUUUGUCAUGGGAGACCUCGGCUCAGUCUUUAUUAUAGGAGGUUGCGGUCUGCUCGGCCACCACAUCGUCAAAUACCUUCUUGACAUUACCUCUCGGAACGAUGUCCACACCGCAUUACGGAAAGUGAAAGCCAAUGUCAUAAUCAACACCGCUUCUCCAGAUCCACUUGUACCUGUUCCUAGAUUACUUGAAGAGGUUAACAUCAAUGGCACACAGAACGUCCUUGAUUGUGCCAUUGAACUAGGGAUUAGGGUCCAUGUGUACACGUCUAGCUCUGAGGUUGUUCAACGUUCGUACGACGACAUUAUAUGGGCCGAUGAAACCUGGCCGCUUCCAGAGAACCCUGUUGAUGGUGCUGUAUACUCUAUGACUAAGAAGAUUGGAGAAGAGUUGGUGCUUCAGGCAAACGGAAAGAAUGGCCUGCACACCGCAGCCUUGCGCCUCUGCACAAUAUUCGGCGAGGGCGAUCGGGUACUCACCAGACACGCGAUCGAGAUGGCCCAAGAUGGUCGAGCAAAAUAUCACGUUGGAACCGGAAAAAACCUUUACGACUUCAUAUACGCCGGAAACGCUGCAGAGGGGCACAUUCUUGCUGCCAAAAAGCUCUUGGACGAAUGUAACGCUAAAGCAGCGAUUUCCAGUGCAUCUCAGGUAAGCGGCGAGGCUUUCUUUUUGACGAAUGGUGAUCCGUGGCCUUUCUGGGCCUUCUCGCGCACGGUCGCUGAAAAAAUUGGAAAACCAAUUGCAGACAAGGACAUCUGGACAAUACCGUUAGGUGUCGUUUGCCUUUUUGUGAAAGUACUUGAGUGGAUGACAUGGGUUUUGACGUUAGGGGGACAACCAAGCAUUACAACAAAUAUGCUUAAAUACACAGCGCAAGUCCGCACGUUCAGUAUUGAAAAAGCAAAGCAGCGACUUGGAUAUCAGCCACGGGUGGGCAUGGAGGAAGGUAUUCAACGGGCCGUUACGUGGCAUUUGUCUAAUUCUGCCAAGGCCAAGAAAUUAUCCUGAUCCUAGGUGGCCGGCAUAUUGUAGGGAAGGAGGCCGAUCAAGACUGCGAUACGAGGAAGGAGAAUCCUGCAGUAUGGCCUAAUGCCAUUUUUAAUUUAUGUAGGGGCUGCCCGUGCCGCCCCCUAGGGAGGGUUAGUAGCUUAAUAACCAGGGGUGAAUGUGCAAUGUAUUGAGUCAGAUACGCA